AUGAAGCGCGGGGCCACGAACGUCUUCAAGUUCUCCCCUGGGAGCCGAGGCAGCGUCACCAGCGCGGCCACGACGGAUUCGGUGAGGCAGAUGGUUGACUUCGCCGAGGGCGAUGAGGCGGAGGUGCUCUCCAUAGUGACCGUGCGGGCUGAGGAGGGCAUGGACUCGCCGAUUGUCGCGGAGCUCGCCGUCGGCAUGUUGCUGACGGUCCUGGCCGUCGGGCAGGGCCGCCGCGUGAAGGUGAAAGUUUCUGGGGAAGAGGCCACAGUAGGCUGGAUCAGCACGAAGACAAAGCUCAACGAGCCCUUGGUCAUGAAGCGGGGCCUCGAGAUCGGUUCGGCCAUAGAUUUCGAGAAGGGCGGAGUCCACGAGAUCAAGGCGAUGGUCACCUGUCGUGCAGAGGAGAAGCUAGAGAGCGAGAUCCUGCAGGAACUGCAGCCCGGAACCCGCGUCAAGAUCGAGGAGAUCGGCAAGUACAACAACCGCCGCGUGAAGAUCUCCAGGGACGGGCAGGAGCUCGGCUGGAUCAGCACCUGCACCAGGCACGGGGAGAUGCUCAUCGGCGUUGUCUCCGAGGGCGGCAGGCCCGCCGACGGCAGGAGCGGCAUGUUCGGGGCGAGCAGCACCAAGAUCAAGACCCUGCUGCAGGCGGCCAGGUCUAACGACCUCGAGGAGUUGAAGAAGAUUGUCGAGGGCGGCUCGGGUGUGAUGUCUAAGUUCUCGAGCCGGCCGAACCUGAACAGCAGCGACAUCCGUGGGAAGACCUGCCUCAUAUACGCGUGCGCCUUUGGCCACAAGGAGAUCGUCCUCUACCUGCUGACGAAGACGAAGGAGGUCGACAUCAACGCGGUGGACGAUACGAUGAAGAGCGCGCUGCACCACGCGUGCAAGAGGGCGAAGUCGUCGGACUCCGACACGGUGAACAUUGACAUCGUCGGCGCCCUGAUCGAGGCCGACGCCAACAAGGAGGCCCGGGACCACAACGGGUGCACCCCGCUUAUGUUCGCCGUGGCGAACGGCGACCAGCGAGUGGUGCAGAGCCUGAUCACGGCCCAGGCCAGCCUGAACGUCAAGGACUACGAGGGGCACACCUGCCUGGACUACGCGAACAACUUCGGGCACGCCGAGCUCUUCAAUUUGCUCAAGGCCAGCGGGGCCCAGUCGGGCCUCCCGGAGGACGAGAAGGAGGAGGAGGCCGUCGAGGAGAGGGCGGUCGCCGAAGAGGAGGAGGCCGCGGCGCCGCAGGGCGCAGAGGCAGACAAGGCUCCCAAGGACGACGGCUCCAGCGAGUUGAAGAAGAAGGUGAUGAAGAAGAAGAAGACUGCCGAGGAGGGCGCGCCGGCUGCAGAGGGCGAGGAGAAGCCGAAAAAGAAGACGACGAAGAAGAAGGUCGGGGAGAAGGAGAGGGAGGAGAAGAAGAAGAUCAAGAAGCGGAUGAGCGGCGUGGGCCUGGGCAUGGCGGAGGCCCUGGCGGUGGAGCCCGAGGACCCGAAGGGGGAGGUCACCGUGGAGGUCGUGACGGAGGAGUCGAAUGCCCAGCAGCGCGCCCUCAAGAAGGUCGAAGUGCUGCUGAAGGACCCCAAGGUCACCGCCGCCGAGCUCAAGGGCGCUCUCGAGGUGGCCAAGGGCGCCAACGUGCCCGCGUCGGAGCUCGCGAAGGCGGAGGCCAAGCACCAGGAGCUCGCCGAGAAGGCGCUGGCCCUCCAGCAGCUGCGGGUGGCCAUCCAAGACAGGAGCGUGGCGAUGCUUUGGGAGACGCUGAAGAAGGCGGAGGCGCUCAAUCUGAGCAAGAAGGAUAUCGAUCAGGCCAAGCAGGUUCUCAAGGAGGAGGAACCCAAAGAAGAAGCCAAGAAAAAACUCAUAGAGGCCGCCAGCAGUGGCGACGUGAAGAUCCUGAAGAAGGCCAUCAAGGACGCCACCAGGGCCGGCGUGAGCGCCUCCGACCUCGCCGAGUACGAGGAGCUGCUCAAGGGAUCGGAGAACAAGGAGGCGGCCGCCAAGGUGCUCAAGGGCGCGCUGGAGUCCAUGGACAUCCCGGCGCUGAAGAUUGCCAUCUCCCAGGCGAGAGAGGCCGGCGUCGACGCCGCGGCGGUGGAGCAGGCCGAGGAGACGCUGGCGGUCGAGGGCCCGAAGGCGGAGGCCCGCGACGCCCUCGAGGAGGCCAUCGAGGGCGGCGAGGUGGCGAGGAUCGAGGAGGCCAUCGAGAGGGGCAGGAAGGCGGGGCUGGACGCCUCCGAGAUCACGCGUGCGGAGGACGUCGUCAAGACGGAGGGCGAGAAGGUGAAGCUGCUGGCCAGGGUGAGCGAGGUGAUGGAGGAGACCAUGUCGUGCGACAUGAAGGACGUCGACUCCGUGCGUGCCGCGAAGGAGAAGCUCAACGAGGCCGUCAUGGCAGCACUGGCCAUCGGAGUGAAGGAGGACAAGAUCUACGACGCCGAGGUGCGGAGAAAGAAGCUCCACAACACGGUGGAAGACCUGAAGGGGUCGAUCCGCGUCUUCUGCAGGAUACGUCCCCUCAGCAAGAAGGAGACGACCACGACCGCGGGCGACACAAACGUCACCAAGCAGAUCAACGUGCAGACCGUCGAGGUAGGCGGCCACCAGUUCAGCUUCGACUCCGUCUGGACGCCUGGCACGCAGGAGGAGGUCUUCGAGGACUGCAAGGAUCUGGUGCAGUCUGCGGUGGACGGCUACAACGUGACCAUGUUCGCGUACGGGCAGACGGGCGCGGGCAAGACCUUCACCAUGGGUGGCGUGCCCGGCAACCUGGGCGUCUCGCCGCGAACCAUCGCCCACAUCUUCAAGAUCCUGAAAGACAACGAGGGCCGGUUCCAGUUCACCGUCAUGGGUUCCAUGCUCGAGCUUUACAGGAGCGACCUCGUAACCUGCUCAGCAAGGGUGACCCCAAGUCAGAGAAGAAGAAACUGA